AUGACAGUCGAAUCAGGGGAUUCUACCUUCGUACCCCCCAGCGUCAUCUCUGAACAUCUUUUCUCUGGCGAGUCUUACGCCUACUACACGCCAUGCCCCAACGCGAUCACACCCAAAGAGGCAGCACCCACGGCCGGGGAGGCAGUGGAAAGUACACCCUGUGUAUUGGGUGUGGAUGAAGCUGGCCGUGGUCCAGUUCUAGGCCCUAUGGUCUACGGCGUAUUCUACCUCCCUCUGGAGCUCCACCACUCGCUCUUGACUGAAGAACACAGCUUUGACGACAGUAAGGUACUGACGCCUGCUGUGCGUGCGAACUUGAUGCGCCUGCUGAAUACCCCGGAAAACAACCUGCACGAGUCUUGUGGCUAUGCGAUCAAGUCACUUUCGGCGCGCGACAUCUCGUCGGGCAUGAUGAGAGCCCCCACUGCGGUCUACAACUUGAACGCUCAAGCAAUGGAUGCUACCGUGGAGCUCAUUCGAGGUGUGGUUGAGGAGCGAGGGGUGGACGUGCGGGAGGUGUACAUCGACACAAUUGGCAAUCCCAUCACAUAUCAACAGAAACUAGAGAAAAUAUUCCCGUCUCUCAAGAUCACGGUGGCGAAGAAGGCGGAUUCGCUCUACCCUUGCGUGAGUGCCGCCAGUGUGGCAGCCAAGGUGACCCGCGACGUGACACUAGAGAUCAUGUACGAGGCCAUCACCCGGGCCGAGCGAUAUGAUCCUGCCCUCGAGAGUUGGGGCAGCGGCUACCCCUCGGAUUCCAAGUGUGUCGGCUGGCUUCGACGUAACAUGGAUCCUGUCUUUGGAUGGGGAAGCGAAUGCCGAUUCAGCUGGGGCACCGCGAGGGAAAUGCUGGAAGUGAAAGGAGGGACCCGGGUCGAUUGGCCUGCCGAUGAAGAAGAUGGGGCUUCCAGGCUCAACGAAUUCUUGCUCUCAUCGGGGCCCGGGAAAGGCUCCAAGGGAGACGGACUACGGGACUGGUACGGACAGCGGUCAUCAGAGAUUAUCUGA